AGCAGGCGCGGCCGCGCUGUGGACGGGCGACGGCAGCCAUGGCGGAAUCGGCGUCGGCUCGGCACAGGAGGAAGCGCCGCUGCACCCCUUUGACUUCUUCCUCGCCGCCCCCGCAAGAGACAGAGACCGAAGAGCUGUCCCUCCAGACCGUGAUGGCCGCGCUGCAGGCCGUGGAGAAGAAGAUGGAGGCCCAGGCCGCCCAGCUGCAGAGCCUGGAGAGACGCAUGGAGACGGCCGAGAAGAAGCUGGCCGACUUCGAGAAGACGGCCGUGGAGUUCGGGAACCAGCUGGAGGGCAAGUGGGCCGUGCUGGGCACCCUGCUGCAGGAGUACGGGCUGCUGCAGAGGCGGCUGGAGAACAUGGAGAACCUGCUGAGGAACAGGAACUUCUGGGUCCUGCGGCUGCCCCCGGGCAGCACGGGGGAGGCUCCCAAGGUGUCCCGGUCGCUCGAGAACGACGGAGUCUGUUUCUCGGAGCAGGAGUGGGAGAAUCUGGAGGACUGGCAGAAGGAGCUGUACAGAAACGUGAUGAUGAGCAACUAUGAGACACUGGUCUCGCUGAAGGUCCUUGGCCAGCCAGAAGGAGAAGCAGAGCUGGGUACAGAGAUGCUGGGUGACUUGGAGGAGGAAGGCCUUGGUGGUGUCCACCCAGCAGAAGGGGUCAUGAUCAAGCAGGAGAUAGAGUACCCACAGGAGCGCUCCGAGGAUCUUCCCGGAGAGCUCUCGGCCAGUGCGGAGGAGCAGGCUUUCCUGGGCCCCGAGCAGACGGAGCUCUGGGACGGCCAGGGCGGGGCUGUCCUCCUGGAAUCAGAUCCCGGGGACGCACAUCUAGAGGAGCCCAUUGAGGGCAGCAGAGACCUUGGCAGUGACAGAAGCCUGGGCUGCCCCCCGAAGCAGAAAUCUAAUCGGCCGGUGCCACUGGGUCCGGAAUGUGGGCAGGGCCUGAAGCUGAACAGGGCUGCUUUCGGCCCCUACGAUUGUCCCGAGUGCGAGCUCAGCUUCCGCUGUGAGCAGCAGCUGGCCACCUACCUGCGGACCCACUCGUGGGAGACUCCCACCGUCUCAGAGCCGGAGGAGAGCCUGAGGCCCCGGCCACUGCUGAAGCCCCCGUCCAAGAAGGGGAAGCAGCACCAGUGUGACGUGUGCAUGCGGAGCUUCAGCAGCAAGGCGAACCUGGUGAACCACCAGCGCUGCCACCUGCAGGAGGGGCCCAGCGGCGGCCAGCGUGUCCAGGAGAGGUUCUCGCCCAACAGCCUGGUUGCCCUGCCGGGCCACAUCCCCUGGAGGAAAAGCCGGAGUUCCCUCAUCUGUGGCUACUGUGGCAAGAGCUUCAGCCACCCGUCAGACCUGGUGCGGCACCAGCGCAUCCACACGGGCGAGCGGCCCUACACCUGCCCCGAGUGCGAGCGGAGCUUCGUCCAGAAGCAGCACCUCCUGCAGCACCAGAAGAUCCACCAGCGGGAGCGCGGCGCGCGGGCCCUGGAGCCAGGAAGGCCCAACGGCCUGCUUUAAGGGUGCCAACCCCUCGCCUGUCCGGGGGGGCCGAGGGGACUGGCAUUGGUCCCCCGAAGGGACACUGUGCAGAGUCAGGGACUGACUUUCCUGAGGGGCAUCGCUUUGAUUUGCCUGACCUUGGCCAAGCAGCAGUCCAAGCCCAAGUCCUCAGAACUGUGCGGAGGAGGGCGGGGCCAGGCCUGUCCCUGCUGUCUACCCUGCUGCUGAGUGUGCCGUGUCUCCGGCACCGCCAAGUCUCGGGUGUUCCCGUCCACGCUGAUACUCGUGCACUGGGGCAGGUUUGAGGGUCUGUCCCAGGUUUCAGGUCUUCCCACGGGGUGGGGUCUGGCCAAAGGAGAGAGCAGGUGUGUAGAAGAGCUCUGGGAAGCAUAGCCCUCGAUUCCUUCUCUUUUAUAGGCUCCUUGUUAAUAACAGGUAGAAGAAAUAAUUUAAAUGAACUGCUCACCCUGCUCUGAAGAACCUUUUUGGAAUUAGAUUUUAGUUGAUAUUAAGAAAAUACAGCCCGACACUUGUUUUUUUAAUUUUCAGAGUUGUAGAAGUUGUUCCUAACAUGGGGACUGGGCUUGCCAUCUGGGAGGGAAUCAUUUCUGGGGCUCUUGGCCCAGCCACACUUAGUUAGGCCAGCAAUCAGGGUACAUAGCACGGGCUCCCUAUUGGAGGAGGCUUAGCACUCUCGGAUGGGGCUCGCCGAACCAUAAGGACCAAGAGGGAGGGAGCAGUAGGGUGGGCCCCACAGCCCCCGCUGAGAAUGAGUCGGACAAGGAGCCGAGAGUACGGAGCGGCUUCCUCCCAGGAGCUUGGAGCUCGGGUUUCUCACCACGGUCCUCUUCCUCCUCCGUCUGCGUCCUUGCUGGGUUCUGCAGCCUCACAGGGUAGACGACUCCUUUGUUACUUAAGGUUGUUCAGCUUGUAUCAGCUUGUAUUUGAGUUUGUUCCUGUUAGACCAGUUGUUCUUUGAGGUUGUUGAGAUGACACACUUUCCCAAUUAGUUCUGGGAUUGACUGUUCCAGAGACGAUGGAGAAAAAGCACUCGGGUGCUUGUCUCCCAGGAGUGUCGGAUGCCUGCGCGCUGUGUUUGGAAGGGGGCUCCCGGGUCCUGUGUGAGUGUACCCUUUGAUGACUUGGCAGUUGCUUAGAAUAAAAGUUGCUACUGGCGAAAAAAAAUGCUCGUCGGAUGUUUUUCUCCAGUUGCCAAGAAGACCCUUCCGGGAGCAAGGUGGAGGAGGCCUG